AUUACCGAUCUUAGUAAGUUUUAUAUUGCAUAAUAUUGUACUUUCAAAAAAAUGAAAAUUUUAUUAAUUCCCAAUAUAGUACUCUAGGGUAUAUUACUUGUUAUACUCGUAUAAUAAAUCUCUGCAAUUUUGAAACAACUUCAAAAUAACUUUGCUUAUAAAUAUUUUAACUAUAAAUGAGUACGACGUGUAAGCAGCUUAUUAAAAGUUAUUUAAUAUCUUAUUAUGAAAAAUAUUUACUAUUUUAAUGGACACACAUGUAGUUUUAAAUGCUGAUUAUAUUAUUUAUUAAUUUAUGCAAAUAAAACUGAAAAUAUAUAAAAUCGGAAUGAAACGGGAAAUAUAUAUGAAAAAUUUUUAAUGACUUUAUUUGUCUAUCUUUAACACAUAAUUUUUAUUGUAAUUAUUCGUAUCGAUUGAAAUAUCUUCAUAAGCGAUCAUUAGGCCUGGUUAUGAAUAAUCGAUCGAUUUAAACACGGAAGCAUCAUAGACCAUUUAUAAAUUACGAUUCUACGAUAAUUUAUUUUCAAAUUUGUUUUACUUCACCACUGCAAUUUGGACAACAACUAAUAUUAGACGUAUCUCGUGGAAUAAAAAUUUGACCCCCGAUAGCAAAAGCUGCUCCCAUGACUGCGCUACAAGCAGCAUCUUGUCUUCCUGACAUUAGUAGAUUUGGGCUCAUAAGUAGCUGUAAAUAUAAAAGUAUUAAUUUUUGAAUUAAUUUUUAAAAAGACGUUUUCAAUUUUUAAAAACUAACUUGCUCUGCAUUUUUUUCUGCCAAUGUUUGCAUUUCCAAACCAGUUAUAUUAAUAUCUUUGUUUGACAUUGUAUUCAACAUGCCACUUAAUAAUUGAACUUUUAAAAUUUCUGCUAAUUGACACGAGCCCUGUGCCAAAUCUAUAACAUUUGUACUCGGCAGUGCAUGGCGUUUGUAUGACGCUGCUCGAACAGGAUCGAAACUUUCUAAGAGAAUACUAAGAGUUCUAUAAUAAAAUAUAAUAAUGUUAAUAUAUAUGGUAUUCAAUGACAGAUACUUAAUAUAUUCAAAUAGAUACCUAUAUGUUUUAAGUGACGCAUCGCGUAUACUUUUACGUUCUUCCAGUAAUCUUUUUAUAGAUUCUUGAAGAUCGGUCGUUCUUUGACAAAGGGCAGCCUUCCAUCUUGCAAGUUCUUCUACCAUUAAACUAUUACAAAAAUUAUUUUACUCGCUGACACUCCUUCUCCGGAUAAUUUUCUAGUGCCAUUGUUGUUGAUUUAAUUUUAAUUACCUACUAGCUAAAAAUUUACUCCUCCAAACUUCACAUUGUCCUGCUAACCAUUCCGUUUGUUCUUGAUGAGUACUAAGAUGUUGAGCAGAAUUUAAAAGUGCUCGAGCAAGCUGUAGCUUAUCUUCAGUAAGCAAAUGAACUUUAGUUUCAAGAUCUUCACCUACAGCUGCUACCAGCAAAUUUUUUAAUUCACCAUUUACCUAUAUAGUUAUAUAUACAUAUAUGCAUUACGUUAAUCAAAAUAAGUAAAACAAAUUAUGGCCCUAAGACAUUUUAUUAUUAUACCUGUGCUUGGAAUUUUAAUUGAUUUUCUAAUUGACUAUUCUCUUCUUUAAGCUUUUGAAUUUCACUUUCAUAGAUUUUCUUUUCCUUAUCCCAAUUAGAUUCUUCCUUUUUAUCUUUUUCAUUAUUUCUUUCUUUCUCAACAUUUGUAUCAUUAAUCUUCAAUUUAGCAACAUCCGUAACUGCUACAUUAAUAUUUGUAUCCCACUUGGAAUGCUUUUUAUUUUUUUUCUCAGCCGGAACAAUAGGGUUAACUGCUGCUUUGUACGGUUCGUAAGGUACAAAUUUGGGUUCCUUUGUUUUUAAAGAAUUUAAAAUUUGUCUUUUGCCCUUUGUAGCUGUGAUAUUUUUUGGAAUAAGAUUUACAAUAGUACCAGUGGGAAUAACUGGACCCGUUGAUACAGAUUGCUUUAAAUUCUUUGGAUAGUAAAUAAGACUAUCAUUAAGACGGCACUUGGAUUGCUUAGCCUCAUUUUCAUUCAUAACUACAUUUUCCAUUCCAUCUCCUUGCGUACGUCCAAUGCAAUCCAUUACCUGGACAUCUUAAAAUGUAAAAUUAUUAUUAUUACAUUUUUAAUACUUCACGUAGGCACACUUGAAAAAAAAAAAAAAAAUCAUAAAAGUACUUUCUAACCUUCUGAUUGCAAUUGACAUUUACUUUUGCGAUUCUCCGCAAGACCAGCCAUAUUUAUCAAUUGACAAAUUAAACAAAUAUCACAGCUUUUUAAAUAAUCAUAACUACUAAUUAACUCUUAAAAAUUAAUACCCGCAUACUCAUCACGCACAAUUCCCCAUAACUUAGAUAGUUGGAUAUUGAUGUAUCGACAAUAAUAUCGCAAACGAUGCAAGGACCGAGAUAUAUGAGUAUCAUCGAUACAUAUCUCGAUAUAUCGAGUGUUAUCAACGAUCGCAUUUUAAAUUUACGCGUGUACAACAAAUCAAUGUUGGAUUAUAAAUAUUUUUAUGAAAUUAAACAUUAAUUAUAAUUAUUAGUUAUAUAUAUAUAUAUAUACACACACACACACACACAUAUCUAUAAUCGUAUAAAUAUGAAAAAGAUCAAGGAAGAAAGUGAUAAAAAUAAAAGGUUGAAAAAUAAAAAACGUCUUCAAAAGGUGGAUAAUACUCCAAAACGACUUAAUUAUAAGAAUUAUUUGGAACACCUGCAGAAAGUGAAAAAUGUUGUUGCAAAAAUAGAUAACAAACCUCCUAAAUUUAACGUAGAAGUAUAUUUUAAGCCACGUCGUUUAGAAGUCGACGCCAGGAGGAUCAGGGAACUGGACAAAGAAAAUAUGAAUAUAUUAAAAUCUUUAAACAUUAUCACUAGAUUAGGAGGUGUCGUUGAUUGCUGGCAAAAGAAAUUUACAUACAAAAGUAAAUUUGAUAUUCAACAUUUAGAAAAUAAAAAAAUUAUGAAAGAAAAUAAUGCAUUGCUUAAAAAAAUCAAUCAGACAUCUAGUCAAUAUACUGCAGCAGAUUUAAUAAAAGAAUGGAAAUACAUGAGAGCAAAAUUGGAUGUUGAAAAAAAAAGGGAAGCCCAAAAAUUAAAAGGGAUUGUUAUAACACCAGGUAUGAAAAAGGACUACUGUAUGCUCAGUGAUUCAGCACUAUUUCAUACUUUAGAUCAAUCAGUUAGAAGUAGAUGCUUUUUAGAGAUCAAAGAUCAACAAAAUAAACAAAUUCUGGGAACAAUUGUGAUUGAACUCUACAUAGAUAUCGUACCUAAAACGUGUGCUAAUUUUGAAGCAUUCUGUCGUGGAGUAAAUGGAUUAUCUUACAGGAAUACUCCAAUUCAUCGUAUUGUUCCUGGAUAUUGGUGCCAAGGUGGAGAUGUAGUAAAAUUUAAUGGCAUUGGUGGUACAUCCAUAUAUGGAGAUAGUUUUAAAGACGAAAAUUUCAAUUUGCGUCAUGCUGGUCCUGGUGUACUUUCUAUGUAUAAAACCGACGAUAUGAAAGAAAAUAAUUCUAAAUUCAAUCUGACAUUUAAAACAUUAAAAACAAUGGAUGGUAGAAGAGUAGUAUUUGGAAAAGUUGUAUCCAAUCUUUCUGUAAUCCAUAAGAUUGAAGAAUGUGGCACAAAAUCUGGCAAACCAAUAAAAUCUAUUAUCAUAUCAAAUUGCGGAGUUCUACCAUCAAGAAGUAAUAUUUAUAAAUAAUAAAAAUAGUCUAAUGGUAUGUCAAUAUUUAUCCUUUAAUAAUUAGUAUAAUAUAGUUCAAUAUAUAACAAAUUUUAUCUGUAGUUUUAUAAGGCACCUUAAUGUAAAGAUUAGAAGUUAAAGACAGGAAAAUAUUAUGAAAAUGUUAAGAAAAUAUGAAGAAUUUCUUUUCCUUUUCCAUCUGAUAUAAAAUAUUAAGCUGGUAUCCUUUUGGGAUUUGAAUCGUACAUACGUCGCAUACGCUUCUUUAGUUCCUGGGGGAAUUUAUCAUAACAUUUCUUGCAUGCGGGUUUUAAAUCAAAUUCAAAGAAUUUCGUUUUUUGAUUCAUCUUCUGAUCACAAAACGCACAUGCAAAGUGAUGAACACACCAUGCCUUAUUUAAGGCUGUAAAAACUGAAAAUAUAAGAUUGCAGAUUUUAACAUUUCUUAUUAUAACUUAUCGAGUUUCAAUUCAAGUGUCUAAUUAUUAACAAAUGUUAUACUUACCAUCACCAGAAAUAACUUGAUUGCACACAAAGCAAAGAUUUCCAAAAAGUUGAUGAUAAUGCGUUUCACAAUAUGCAAGACCUUUUUUCUCAUAAUGGCGAUGCCCAAGGAAUGGCUUCUCACAUUUUGCACAUACAAAAUGUUCUACAUGCCAAUGUUUCCCUAAUGCAGUUACAACACGUUCUUCUAUAGGUCGAUGACAAGCACCGCAAAUAGGAAUGCCCAUUUUAUCAUGGCAUCUCAAACAAUAUAAUUCAUUCUAAAAAUGAAUGUGCAUAAGUGUUGAUAUGAUAUUUUUAUAUAUAUACAUAUAUGAAUUGUUAAAACAUUAAAAAUCUUUAUUUAUUAUUUUACCAUUUCAUUGGCAGCAUAACCUGGCCUAGAACGAACUUCCCUUGCAUCUGAAUUAAGUUCUAUUCCACAUGCUGUGCAAUUAAAGUGAUAUGGGUGGUAAACUUCACCACGAAAACGCAAUGGUUUAUCAUCAAUAACGCCACUGUUUGAAAAAAUUGAAAAAACUGCACGUUAAUAUUUAUUUUACAAAUCACAAUAUAAAAAAUGAAUAAAUAGAAGACAUACUGGCAUUGGUGACAAAUAUGCUUUCCAAGAGCACCAGCUUUUACACGAGCAUUACAGGUAUGGCAAAGAGCUCUGCCUUGGCAUUUGAUAAAACCUGCAUCUGCUAAUUCUCCAUUACAUUCUUCACACCGAAAACAUCCUGGAUGCCAGUUUGCAUUCAUUGCCUUUAUUACCCUACCAAUGACAAAUUCUCCUAAAAAGAUAUUAAUCAUUAUACCGUAUCUAGAGGAAUUUUAGAAAUUUAAUGCACGAAAGCAAAUAUAUACCACAUUUGCCGCAGCAAGGUGCAAAUAAAACAUGAAAAUCAUGCUCGCAAUAUUUGUAGCCUUCAAAUUCAUAAAAAAUUCCAUCUGGAAAUGGUCGAAAGCAUUGUGCACAUCUAUAACAUAAGAAUAGAAAAAAAAUCAAUAUCGUCGUUAUAACAAGGAUGUUGUUGAUUAUAUUUCAUAAUAUAUUUCAUAAUAUGUGUAACUAACACGAAACACUGAGGAUGCCAUAAUUCGCCAUGAGAAUUAACUAUCUUUUCGUGUGCCACAAAGCCCUCUCGGCAUCGAGAACAGAACAUAUGAUCCAGCGACAUUCCUGUAACGCUAUAAACAAAUAUCAUUUAUUUAGAAACCAUUAUAUUGUUCGAAAUAAUAGAUAAAUUAUUUACAAACUGAAACAAAACUUGAUCCAAGAGAGUUUUAUGACGAAAAUACUUGCUCGAUCAGGUGGACGGAAUAAAUAAAUAUUUAAUGAU